CCGGAUUUCCUGGACAAGAACCACAACAAAAGCUGAGAGAUGUGGUUAUGGGCAGGAGUGUGGGCAGUGAUGAUUAUGAUGGGUACUGCCUCAGCAGAACCUGCUAGGUAUGGGCAGUACCCACACUCUGGAGGGUAUAAGCAGAACCCACACCCUGGAGGGUAUGGGCACCAGCGUUGCUACCCCAAGACCCACUACAUCACCAAGUUGAAAACUGAAGUCCAGCAGGUACCCCUACUGAGUACAGUGUACAAGCCAGAGUACAUAGCUACCACCCUUUACAAGACUCUGCAGAAUACCAGGUACAAGACUGAGUAUGUACCCAAGUACCUGAGUACCACAGUCUAUGUACCUAAGUAUGUCACUGAUACGGUGUACAAGACUGAGUACAAGCCAGAGUACAUACCUACCACCCUCUACAAGACCCUGCAGAAUACCAAGUACAAGACUGAGUACAUACCCCAGUACCUGAGUACCACAGUCUAUGUACCCAAGUACAUCACUGAUACGGUGUACAAGACUGAGUACAAACCAGAGUACAUCACCAAGACCAAGCUAGAGUACAAAACAGAGUACCAGCUGGUACCCAAGUACCACACGGUGGUCAGUACUCUACACGACCUUAAAACUGUCUGUCCUAAGCCUCCAUAUGGACCAUACUAGAGUACACAUACGGUCCAUAGGCCUAUCUAGCUGUUCCAAGCCUCCCCAGACCUCUCCAUAGACCUAUCUAGGUGUCCUAAGCCUCCCUAGGCCUCUCCAUGGGCCUAUCUAGCUGUUCCAAGAAGGCCUACUGUCCCUAGUAGACCACAAUCACACUCAAUAGGUCUAUCUAGGUGUUCUAAGCCUCCCUAGAGACCCUAUUAGACCACACACUCUCCAUAGGCCUAUCUAGCUGCUCCAAAUAGGUCUAUAGACCAAA